ACACUCUAUAGAAAAGGAAAGAUGAUGCAAAAAAGAAGAGAAGCAAGAGUUUUGUUAGCCUCGGCGUAUGUAAAGCGAUGAAGUUACAAAUUGGCGUUCAAAGUAACUUUAUUGUAAUCAAGCAACUUUAUACCGAGAAAAGCUGUUGAUAAAAGUCAAUCUAACGCAAUCAUGGAUUCAACAGUUGAGACAAUUGACGACGCCAAGAGCAUGGAUAUUCAAAACAAAUUUAUUAAUACCAACCUCAUUUCUCUUAAAUUUAUGCUGUUUAUUUUCUUUGGAGGGAUGGGCUGUCUCCUUCCAUUUCUGCCCCUGCACAUGUUGGCGGUGGGUCUGACUGUCCAAGAGAUCGGCACAAUAUCGAUGAUAGCCCCGGUGGUUGCGAUCAUCGGUCCGAUGAUAGCCGGACCGCUGGCAGAUCGUGUUGCUGCCGCCCGGCUGCGCUCCCAAAAUACCGAAGAGAAAGCAACGAGUCCGAACAACGGCCGCUACCUGCGCGUCAUGAUAGCCGUCUGUUGUGUUUUUUCUGCAUUAUUUUACUCAUUACUGCUGCUGGUACCAGCGGUCGAAAGGAUCGAGCUUCCGCACGAGCUGCGACCAGCUGUUAGGUUCUCCUGCGACGAUCAUGGCGCCGUUAUCCAUCAGGAAAGGUGCCGCGAUGCUAUUGGUUGUCAUCGAUGGUCAAACGAGGAUUCGAUCGGUGCAUUGCGCUUGGAGAAGUGCAAUUAUGCGUGUUACCCAUUCGAUGAGAAGCGUAAGAAGGGCAAGUUUCCACCAGCUCAAAUGGACUCAUCUCCGGUGAGUGUCAUUCCACUCAUGAGCGACACGAGUCUCAACGACGACUCCGAGGUAGAGAGUAGUGGCGAGCUUGGAGUCAUACCCCUGAAGGCUAAUGGACGCAGCUCGUUAGCUCCGGAGCAAACGAGAGGGUUAAAUUCAGGCAAAUGGCGUAGGUACGCCCUACCAAAGAGCGAAUCGCCACACGUUUGCUACGGUGACAGUAACGGUCGCACCGUUUGCCAUGUUUUCACGGAAUCACGUAACGGCGUGACGGUGAAUGUGAGCAUGAGGCAGGCCAUCAAUUCGGAAGAUACGAACGACUGGUGCGUUUAUCCGGUGGCGCAAUUCUUCGACUGCAGGGUGCCUCGGGAAAUCGAGCGUUCCAUGGUUCAAGUUAAUCAGACUUGCCUCGUCGAGUGCCUCCUCGACAAUCCCUACGACAGCGAUUUGGUAGAGAAGAGCAUAUUGGCGGAGAGCCAUUGCCGGCAGGUGAUUGGUAAUGAGCAAUUGACGUUUUGGAUGUAUCUUGCAAUCCGUUCUUUGGCCGACAUCUUUCCAACGGCUGCCGUUGCCCUUAUCGACGCGGCACUCGUAAUCGCCACAAGAGAGACUUCCACGGGUCGCGGUGACGUUGGUCGUCAAUUAGCGUUCGGCUCGUUGGGCUUUGCUGCGUUCGGCCCUCUCAGCGGUUACCUCGCCACUCUCCUUGGCCCCAGUCCGGCUUACUACGCGCCCAUCGUGCUGCACGUGCUACUGGUCCUCCUGGCGGCGUGCAUCUGCCUCUCCGCCAACGACAUGCCCCUUAGUCCCCCUGAAUGGUGGUGGCAUACGCGAAAUGGCAUGCUCGCCCUGCCGAUGAGCGCCGUGAGGAAAUACGGCGGGGAAACCGUCGCCCUUCUCCUCGUCCUUGUGGUCAUGGGGACCUUCUGGAGCGCGAUGGACAGCUACCUAUCCAUACAUUUAGUUCAUUUAAAAGGCACUGAGCUGUCAAUUGGUCUGGCUCUGACGGUGGGUGCCUUGCCUGCGGUCCUAUUUCUCUGGAAGUCCGAGCACUUAGUCGAUUACUGCGGACACAGCAAUCUUCUCAUCACUGCAUUCAUUAUUUAUAUAGUUAGGUUUACUGGCUUAAGCAUCGUUCCAGACGUUUGGUGGGCCUUGAUCUCCGAGGCGCUUGAACUCUUCACCCUUGGGAUGAUGUGGGUCACAACCGUACUUUACUUCCGACAUUUGAUCCCACGACAAAUGACUGCAUCCGGUCAAGCACUUCCCGUUAUCGCUCACUUUUGUAUAGGUCGUGCAAUUGGAGCUGUUAUUGGUGCAUGUGUUGAUAAAAUCGACAAAGCCGACGAGGUGGAAGCGAUGCGUUACAUUUACCAAUGUAUGGCGAUUGCCGCUGCUGCGACCGCGACAUUUUAUUUUGCUCUCUACCACGGUAUAUUCAAACCUAGAUGCCAUGCUCAAACGAUUCAAGGUGCUCAGAGGCAACCAUCGACCAUCGUUCAAGCAAUGAAUGGUAAUGGAAAUUAUACACCAUUAAGAGUCUACCACAAUGGUAUGGGUAAAAAGGGACAGUUUCGUUAUUAAAAUUACUUCUAAUCAGAUUAAAUGAUGCCUUACAUUUAUCACGUAAAAAAUUUAUUUUUUUACAUUAUUGCAUAGAAAGUUAAUUAUGAUUUUCGUAAAUUAAUGUGCUAGUGCCCAGUGAUUUUAAAUGAACAAUUAAUAUAUUAAAAUAU